UACGUCACCUUGUCACAAGGCAAACAACAUGGUCGCUUACUUGGUUGUUAGUAUUUACAGCUAGCUGUUGUUUGCUGUUAAACGCUAAAUGUGAACGCGUGCUAACAGAAAGCAGAUUUUAAAACUUAUUUUUGGCUAUUUUUUGAUAACACUUUGAAGCUGGCUGCUCUUGCUUCACUUAGAAAAGCCAAAGGGGGUUUUUAUCUAGAUAAGUGCAUCGCAUAGAGUCACAGCAGAGAUAGUCAGUUGGAUUUAAAGCAUGGCUUCUGCAUUUGUGGUGGGAGAUAAAUUCAGAAACAGGGUGGCGGAACUGUUGGAAAAGACUGACUCAUCUCUGCCACAAGGACUGAGAGAAGAACUGGAGAUUAUUCUUGAAAAACCAGAGCCGACAACUCUGCCCUUCAGUACAGCGAGAAAACUCAAGAAACACCUGCAGGAUGAAGGGCAUCCUUUCUACCUGCAUGAGUUGCUGGAGGAUAGUUCACUGCAUCUACCUGAGGUUGUGAAGCCUCCCAGAAACCCCGAGCUGGUCGCACGUUUGGAGAAAAUCAAAGCCAAACUAGCCAAUGAGGAAUACAACCGGAUCACACGUAACGUAAACACUCAGGAAAUCAACCGUAAUGGAACACUGGCAGAUUUUGGACAUCAAGUGCGAUCAGUCAAAGCCGUGGUGGUGACCGUAUUCAACUUCCUGGUGACAGUAGUCGCUGCUUUUGCCUGUUCCUACAUGGGCAGUCAGUACCUGUUCACUGAGAUCACAGCGAGAGUAAUAUCAGCUGUGAUCGCUGCAUCUGUAGUCGGGCUUGCUGAGCUGUACGUCCUGGUCCGGACCAUGGAGGGAGAACUUGGGGAACCAUAGCAACCGGCCACACACAGCAAACGAGGGAAGCACAAUAAUGUUGGGAAGCAAAACCAGCAAACAAUAGCAGCCCUCUAAUGAGAACUUUGGUCACUCUGGCAUCCAUGAAAGACUACAUAUCUUCUCACUUUGCUUGAAAAUCCUGUGGACUUUUUGCUUUUAUUUGAAAGGAAAACCAGUGGAAUUUCUGAGUAAGAUUAGAGUUACUGAGAAUUUACAAAUUGUAUCCCUGUAUCCCUCUCCUAAAUGGAAGCUGAAACAUUACAAGAAAGCAAAUUGGUUCAAAAUUCCUCUUAUCUGUAAAUAUCUCUUCUUUGUCAAAUACUAGUGCUUUAUCUUUAAUGACAUUCCACCUGCACAGACUGUUUUUAAAUCAAAUCAAAAUAUGAAUGAUAUUUCUUAUUUAUUUACAGAUAUUUUGUGUUCCAUGUUUUUCCUCUGCCUCUUCUUUCUCAUUGGCUCUUCUCUGUGAAAAUGAAUGUUGGUCAUUUUCUUAUGAUUCCUUCUUUUCUGCUCUCAGAAGUAAUUAUAUUUAUGUGUUCAAUAAAAUCAUUAAAAGUCAACAAAAUCAAAAGUGUAGAGCUAUAAAAGUAUUUAAGGUACCAGACAAAAUUGAAUAAUUUGACAC